UGAAUGAAUUCUUGUCCAGGAGGUAGAUAGGAUUCUGGCUGGUUGGCCUCACCAGUUUGCUGGACAUGUUUGAACUUCAGUAGGUGACUGGGACCUUUGUUCCAUGUACAACUGGGAAUUAUAGCUGGAAUAGUGAACAGACUUGGGGAUUUAACAGACCAAACAGGUGAAAGGCGACCGUUUCAUUCUUUCCCCGUGCGGUGCUCUUCUCCAUUGAUGUAAAAGGCUUAUGUUAGUAAUUAGGUGGGGGCGGAACUGCUGUUUGUGUCAGAUAACUGUUUUUUGUUUUUUCCAUUUUGUUUAUGAAAGCUUUCAUAAAAGAGACAAAUACAGAAAAUAAUAUAACUACCCAAGGUUUCCCAUUGUCUAGCACUAUACAGUCCUAAUGUUUUACCAUACUUGUGUGAUUUCUUUUUUUUUCCUUAAAUAGAAUAUUACAGAUACACUUGAAGUCCCUUGUAUAUCUCUCCCUAAUCCUGUUCUUUCCUCAGAAUUUUGGUAAUUAUCAUUACCAUGCAUGUUUUAUACUUUUGUCAGAUAAGCAUAUCUUCAUAAAUAAUAUUCAGUAUUAUAAAAGUUCUCAAAACUGUAUAUAUGUGAUAUCAUAUGGUACAUAUAAUUCUGCAGCUUAUUUUUUUUCUCAACCUUAUGUUUUUGAGAUAUAUUUAUGGUGAUGAAUGUUGUGCACAUUUAUUCAUUUUUACUGGGGUAUAAUAUUCCAUUGGAUAAAUAUUCCACAAUGUAUUUUUGCAUUCUCCUAUUGAUGUAUAGUUUCUAGUUUUGCCCUGUUAUAAACAAUGCUGAAGUUCACUUCCUUGUCCAUUGACUCCUUGCCUACAUGUUCAGGAAUUUCUCUAGGCUAUAUAUACCUGUAAGUGGAAUUGCUGAGACAUAGGGUAUGAACCAGCAAUUUUUUUUUUUUUUAAUCCUUGGAAAAUUUAAACCUUGCAUAGUCAUUCCAAAAAGACUGACUAAAAUCUUUUCAUAGUUUUCAUUGAGUAUUAGAAUCUGAUUUGGGUGGAAGUCAUCAAGGGCAGUUACCACUGUUCGUAUUAUCCCUACCUUAGCUUGUGAUGACAUGAAGGAUGGGACCUGUAGUCAUUGGAAAAGUUGGCUUAGAACCUGGGAAUUAUCCUUGUUCAUCAGGUCCAUGGUUCAUCCAGGUCAACGUUCUGGUUUUGACAGUGGCCUAAGAGACCCACCAUAGAGAGGCUCCCUGCAGAUUAGGUACCUAAAGGCUUCCAGUUGGUAGUAAUAUCAUUUUCAAACUUCUAACAUUUUUCUCUAGGUGUUUGCUGAGAGCAAGGAUGAGAUUGCUUUAGUCCUGUUUGGUACGGAUGGCACUGAGAAUGCCCUUGCUCAGGCAGAUCAGUAUCAGAACAUCACAGUGCACAGACAUCUGAUGCUACCAGAUUUUGAUUUGCUGGAGGACAUUCAAAGCAAAAUCCAACCAGGUUCUCAACAUGCUGAUGGAUGUACAUAUGUCAGUAUGCACUAGUGAAAUAAACUUUGGAACAAGGGCACCUGGGCAAGUACUUUUAAUCAACACAUAGUCAGCCCACAGCCCACAAUUUCUAGCACUGUGGACUUUGCUGGAAAACAGACAUUGCUUGUUCUUGGAAUAAAGGGACUGUGCAGCACCAUCUUCUGCCCUUGACUAGCUGAGUCCUGGAUGCACUCGUCGUGUGCAUGGAUGUGAUUCAGCAAGAAACCGUAGGAAAGAAGUUUGACAAGAGGCAUAUUGAAGUGUUCACUGACCUCAGCAGCCCAUUCAGCAAAGAUCAGUUGGAUGUUAUAAUUCAUAACUUGAAGCAGUCUGGCAUCUCCUUGCAAUUCUUCUUGCCAUUCCCACUUGGGAAGGAAGAUGGAACUGGGGACAGAGGGGACGGCAACUUGCUCUUGGACCACCAUGAACCCUCCUUUCCUCAAAAAGGAAUUACUGAGCAGCAAAAAGAAGGUAUUGAGGUGGUGAAAAGGGUGAUGAUCUCUUUAGAAGGUGAAGAUGGGCUGGAUGAAAUUUAUUCCUUCAGUGAGAGCCUGAGACAACUGUGUGUCUUUAAGAAAAUUGAGAGACGCUCUGUGCCCUGGCCUUGUCAGCUGACCAUUGGCUCCCAUUUGUCCAUAAAGAUUGUGGCCUAUAAAUCGAUUAUACAGGAGAAAAUUAAAAAGACUUGGACAGUUGUGGAUGCAAGAACCCUAAAAAAGGAAGAUAUUCAGAAAGAAACAGUUUAUUGCUUAAAUGAUGAUGAUGAAACUGAGGUUCCAAAAGAGGAUACUAUUCAAGGGUUCCGCUAUGGAAGUGAUAUAGUUCCUUUCUCUAAAGUGGAUGAGGAACAAAUGAAAUAUAAAUUAGAGGGGAAGUGCUUCUCUGUUUUGGGAUUUUGCAGAUCUUCUCAGGUCCAGAGAAAAUUCUUUAUGGGAAAUCAAGUUCUAAAGGUCUUUGCAGCAAAAGAUGAUGAGGCAGCAGCAGUGGCACUUUCCUCCCUAAUUCAUGCUUUGGAUGAAUUAAAUAUGGUGGCCAUAGUUCGAUAUGCUUAUGACAAAAGAGCUAAUCUUCAAGUUGGUGUGGCUUUUCCACAUAUCAAGGAUGCCUAUGAGUGUUUAGUGUACAUACAGCUGCCUUUCAUGGAAGACUUGCGGCAAUACAUGUUUUCAUCCUUGAAAAAUAAUAAGAAAUACACUCCCACAGAGGUCCAGCUGAAUGCCGUUGAUGCUUUGAUUGAUUCCAUGAGUUUGGUAAAGAAAGAUGAGGAGGAGGACACCAUUGAAGACUUGUUUCCAACCACCAAAAUCCCAAAUCCUGAAUUCCAGAGAUUUUUUCAGUGUCUGCUGCACAGAGCUUUAUAUCCCCAGGAGCCUCUGCCUCCAAUUCAGCAGCAUAUUUUGAAUAUGCUGGAUCCCCCUACUGAGGUGACAGCUAAAAGUCAGAUUGCUCUCUCUGAAAUAAAGACUCUCUUCCCUCUGACCGAAGCAAUCAAGAAAAAGGAUCAAAUAACUGCUCAGGACAUUUUUCAAGACAACCAUGAAGAGGGACCCGACUCUAAAAAACGCAAGACUGAGGAAGGGGACAUCCACUUUAGUAUCUCCAGCAUGACUGAGGGCAGUGUCACCAGUGUUGGAAGUGUGAAUCCUGCUGAAAACUUCCGAGUUCUAGUGAGACAGAAGAAUGCCAGCUUUGAGGAAGUGAGUCACCAGCUAAUAAGUCGUAUUGAACAGUUUUUGGAUACUAAUGAGACGCUGUAUUUUAUGAAGAGCAUGGACUGCAUCAAAGCCUUCCGGGAAGAAGCAAUUCAGUUUUCAGAAGAGCAGCGCUUUAACAGUUUCCUGAAAGCUCUUCAAGAGAAAGUAAAAAUGAAACAGUUAAAUCACUUCUGGGAAAUUGUUGUUCAGGAUGGAAUUACUCUGAUCAGCAAAGAUGAAGCCUCUGGAAGCUCUGUCACAGCUGAGGAAGCCAAAAAGUUUCUAGCCCUCGAAGAAAAACCAGAUGAAGAGGCAGCCAUAUAUGAAGAAGGUGGUGAUGUGGAUGAUUUACUGGACAUGAUAUAGGUCAUGGGGCGUAUGAGGCGUCUAAGAGAGUCGAACUGCAUUGUCAUGGCUGUGGUGCUGGCAGUUCUUACACAACAGCCUGGAGGAGGCCAUUCAAGGGGAACCGGAAGCUCUGGAGACCAGAUUACAUGGAAGUGAACUGCACCUGAUUCUCUGUGGAAUGAAUAUGUACACAGAUAUCAUGAGGGUUAAUUUAGGUAUUAUACAAGUUAUAGAGUCAUUGUUAUUUUUGAUGGUGUAUUAUUUCUUUUGUGGUCUUAUUGAUCUCAGUAUAUUACUCACAUGCUUUGAGGUUUCUGAAAAAUAACUUAUUUUAUCCUGAUUUGGUGUAUUGGUGAAGAUUGAGGUCCUCACAGAGUUAACAUCUUAUCCUGAACCAUGGCAUGGUCAUUAGUGACUUUUUCCAAUCCUUUCCAGGAGCAGGACAGUCAUAGAUGUAGUCCUUUGUCUGAUCCUUUAACAGCAUUCCCAACUUGGGCUGAUCAAGCAGUGGCAUUUGUUUCCUACCAAGCGAAAACUGAGUUAGGGAAGUCAUAGGUAAAGGCCAACUCAUUUCUCUUUCUACUUAAGCCUUUUAGUUACCACAUUCAGAGUACAAGCCUUCAGGAGACGCAGCAUAGGUAGGGAAAGAACGCUGGACUAGCCCAGAUCCUUACGCGUGAGGUUUGAUAUUGUUCCCAUGAAGAAAAGACUCUCUUCUGGCCCAGCCUCUGUCAUAUUAGUGAACCUUAAAAGAAAGAAAAGCUGAGAAAUUCACCACUAAUACUUAGAAAUGUAUCAUUUUAUUAACCUCUACUUGCAGGUCUCAAAGGAAGUUUGGUUGUAUUAAAACACUUUUUCCUUAGUUUUCCAGUCUGUCCCAUCUCUAUCUAAGUCUACCUUCCUGUCUCUCUGCAUGAUCUUUUUUUUUUUUCUUAAAAUAAGAAAAUAAUCCUUAGUGUUCUUUUUCCUGUUCCCAUUCCUUCCCUGAGUUUUAACCCUUCCUGAUGUCACAAACUUCUUGUACCCAAUUCACAUGUCCUCAACACCCCCCAUGUAGGUAACCAAUACAAUUUUAUAAACAUAAUGAUAAAGUUAUAAAUGACUCACACUCCUGUGGAUUGCUGUUAAUUACUAAUGCUCUGCAACAGAGUUCUUCAGUGUUUUGCUGAGGAUUGAAGGCCCUCUGUGCAUUGAUUGAAAAUGGAUCUCCAAGAGAGAACAUCAUUCAGUCCUCUGAGUGGUUCACAGUCCACUGAGUGGUUCACUGUGGGCCUCUACGACGAUACUCAAUGCUUUGCACACUUUGUUCAAUCUUGACAUACAUACAGGUGCCCAUUAAAAGUACUCCCAAUGAAGGAUACCAUAUAUAUAUUACUGUCUAGUCAGAUAGUUAAAGUCUAAUGGAUGUUUGUGACUUGGUCAAUACAAAGACAUUUCUUAGAAUCAUAAAGCAAGAAAACUUUGUUCUUUAAAUUCUACAUUAUCCUUAUCAGAUACUCCUGACAAUAAGAAUUGCCUCAAUGAGUACGACCCUAUAAGCAGUUUGGGGAAUAUUCUCUCUUAGAAACAGCAACCCUUCUGUCAAGCCAGAAUAAGUUUGAAUCAAGUUAGUCCUUUAGAUCUUCUGAUUCUUUUUGAUUUAGGUUGUAUGCUGCAGGAUUAUUUGUGCGUCCCUAACUCCACUUUUACCUAAAUUAUCUGAGCACCUGAAGGAAGAAACGAGUUUGACAAGCUGGGGAGAGAAAGUACUAAAUUAGCCAUGUAAUUUCCAAAUCCAUUUCAUUGUAUGCUAUGUAGACACAGUAUAUGUGCUGUGUAGACUUGGUCAUAGCAUACUGUUUUGAGUAGGGCAUCAUGUUUUGGAUGAACACACCAAAGUCCCAUUUUGCUGAAAUGAGAUUUUCAGAUCCAUAGAACCCCCGGCUGUUCUGUCGACUAUGCCUUGCAGAGCAGCAAGCACUACGUCAGCUUCAGGCAGCCCCAGGCUAGUCCUCAGAAGCCCCUAUUUCCUACAAAUGGUAGGCUGUAUAUAAAUUGGAAGUCACUGACAGUGGUCCCUGUCACCUUUAGUCUUCUUAUAGCACUAAAAUCUAUUGACUUAGAGAGAAGGGAGAGAUAAAGGGGAGAGACUCAGCCUCCAGUCACAACCCAAAGGUCCCCAUGCAUUUCCAAAUGCCCCAUCAAGGGUGUAUGCAACCCUGCAGUUAAAAACCACUAAUUUAAGUGUUGAAUCUCAAUCCUUUGUUAAUUAAUUUACAUGUGGAAUUUAGAAUCUUGUAAAAUUAUUUGGAAAACCAUGUUGGGGAAGAGCGUUACCUAGUUCAGAAUGGUUUUGAAAAAUAAAUGAGGACAGAUAAAUCUGAAUGUAUAUAGUACAAAUGACUGGCUUUGCAGCUAAUUUUAAUUCAGGGAACAGAGAUUCUGUUUGGUCUACUACCUCCCAUUGGCCAUCUCAUAUUGUCCCCUUCUUCUCCGUGAGGUAUUCCAGAUUCAGAACAUGAGCUGGUGGCCCAUUCAGAGUAGAUGCUGUGAAGGGCCGCAGUGUGGGUAGGGAAAGAACUAUGGUACCUCCUGCCUUGCUAACCACCCCUCCCUGUUAACUCUCUGCUGGAGCUAAAUACUCAAGGCGCGAACAACAAAAUGGAAAUCAGCAUACUACCUUAGUAUUAGCUUGUUUCAAAGAUGUUUGGAACAGCUAGGCUGUAGCACAUGGCUUAGGUUUGUAGUCUACCUCCUACCUCCAGAUCUUAACCACCUACCCUGAGAUGAAGAGAGCAAGAUCAUCUGGUUGGACCCGGCUUUCUUGCCUGAUUGGCAGCAUGGAGCAGAAGGUGGAAAUGCAUAUCAAGUUUAAUAUACAUAUAACCUAUUAGGGGUUUUAAUGACCCUGAUAAAUAUAGCCCAAUCACCAGUCACAUUUAUACGUCUGCCUCCCUGUAGUGGGCAGGGAAAUAUUAGGAGGGAGUGGGGAGUGGGAGCUUCCCCCAUCCACCACCCUCACCCCGACAUGGAGUCAGUUCACUUAAUCAGUAGAAUUGAUAAUCCCUGCUUGGAUAGUAUUGGCUUUCUGUGGUCAUUUUUGAAAGGAAGGAAAAUACUUCUUUUCUCUGUCUGAAUGUAGCUCAGGAAUAGACUUCUAUCUCUUCCAUCUCUUCUUUAGAGAGACAUAGUGGCAUAGUGCUUCAAAGCAUCACCUGGACGUUAGGUAUUCCUGGGUAUAAGUGCCAGCAGCAGCACUUACCAGCAGUGUGGCCAUAGAAAGCCUUUUAGCCUUUCUAAGCAACAGAAUAUGACUGUCACUUGCAUUUCAAUUGUGGGCAGGAUGUCCUGGGAGAAGACGGUACCUUCUCGGUCAAAGGGAGUUCACAGACGGCUUUGCAGGAGCUGCUUGAAUGAUGAGAAUGUGUCUUGCCUGGAGGAAGCAGCCCCAGACACAUGUGCCAUUCACCACCUCACCUGUUACCUUUCCCAGGCCCGCUGCCUUUGCCCAGAGGAUUGUGGGGUGGAUAAGGGCACCGACUGGGGUCAGGCAGACCUGAGUGGAGGCCUUUUCUGUCAUGUCUUAACUUAGGUGCAUCUCUGAAUUUCUCUAAGCUCCCAGACCUUUCCAGUGUGCUGGUAAUUAUACUGGUCUUCAUAGGGUUAUGGUUAGGAUUAAUAAAUGUGGUGUUAAUGGUAUAUAAUAUAUUGGCAUAACAACAUGGGAAAUAAAACUUAUUUUGUAGCAGCAUCUCUUUUGAGAACAGAUUUGGUUU